AUGCUUGCUAAAGUAGGUACGUCUCAGACGACAGUAACUACUGGGAUAAAUGAUACUACUAUCAAGUCCCGUGCUACUUCCAGCAAAUGGAUUAAUGAUCAGUAUUCAAUAGAUUGGUUAAAUGAUAUUAUCGGAUGGUUAUUCAAUAAUAUGCACCGUGUACCGGAUACAUUGCAAGCUUGGAUAAUAGCUAUGAACGAAGCUGCUAAAAAAAUUUCUAUACCUGGAAAAUUUGAAGUAUUAUUCGAAGGUUUCAGUGAUAAUAGGAAUGUUACAAAAGCGCCACGUGUCACUGAUAUUCGCUUACAACAGUCACCGAAUGAUCAUCUUAUUAUGAAAGGUAAAAUUAGUAUACCGGAAAUAAACCUCAAACUGAUGAGUUCGCAGCGAACGGGCGAUCGAUUAUUAGUUACCAAUUUUGAUGCAAAGAUUAUCGACUUGCACGGCGAGAUAGAAUUACACUUGGCAUGCAUUGCGAAUCAAAUUUACAUGAUGGCAUGCUUUUGUGGAAGACCUGAAUUAGACAUAGAACUGGUAAAUAGGGAUCCUGCACCGACCGGAACGGUUUCGAAUACGAUGGUGGAUGAAAUGAUCCGUAAAUGUCUUCUUUCUGCUGUUACUAAUGUAUCAUUAACGGAACCCGGUGGACAGUGCGGUAGAAUGGCAACCAGUAAUGUAUUCCCAAUAAUUCGGCGUGCUAUGACAACAAAUAUUGGGGGGUCAGAGACAUUUGAUAGAACCGAUAAUCUGCCUACAGUACCAACACAUGAAAUGAUGAAACGAAUUAAUCAGUCCACAGUGGUAUAUGUUUAA